AUCUUUGCCGAUCCUUACGAGUAUUAAGGACCGAGAACAUCCUUCAGCCAAUCACCAGAUUCCCAUUUAAGCAUAGCUCAGGUUCCCCGAAAAAAAUAAGAAGCAAAGCUGAGAAAACCUUCCAUCUAUAGACUUUAAGCUUUGGUUCUGGUCUUCUUUCGGUUAUUUCUCGUCAAUACUUAUACCGUCGCUUUAUUUAUUUGCUCUUCGAUUUUUUCUUUGUAUUCCAUAACGCCUUCUAAUUUGACUUCUCAUUUUCCUUUUUCUCCAUCGAUAAGUUCUUUAUCGUCUAGUUUUGCCCUUAUUUUUCCUUUUUUUUUUGGUCUCCUCAUUCCCCGCUUCCCCUCACUUUUUAGAUUUUCCUCGAUUGUAAAACUCUUCUCAGUGGACCUUGCAAAGUUUCGGUAAAUCGAUCUUUCACACUUGCUACUUUUCAACACUUGGUUAUUUCCCUACUUUGCCUACUGUAUAUUAUCUUUAACGAGACCUUUGUAGGUCCUUAAGUUUUUGUUUGCGUUCCUCCUUCCUCAUUGCUAAUUUCGCUCCAUUCUUCUGGAUAGCUGCCCCUGUCAAUCUCGGGUUUCUUCCUGUUCUUCCCGUUGCAACCUGGUUUAGCUGCCCAUUGUCUUAUACUUUAAAGUUGGGCUUGCUUCUUGAGAAUGUCCUUGUUUCUUUCUUAGCGCUUCCGCUUGACUUUUGUGCAGUCUCUCUUAGGAAGCUUCUGUGGUUUGAUUCAUCUUUCUUUCCUCCAUUUUUUCAGUUAUAUUUUCUUAAUUUUUAUUUUUAUUUAUAUAUCUAAUUUUAGGUAGGUCUUUUUUCGAUGCAGUUAGCUCAUGAACCACAGGAUGCUCCUGCAUCUGGUCCUUCCCAUUCUCCUACUAAUGAUGAGGCGACAGCUACUGCUACAGCUACGCCCGCUUCUACCCCUAUGGCUACGGAAGACAAGCCGAGUCUCUCCUUUCCUAUAUUCCCUUUGUUCCCUAUUUCUCACUCUUCCCCUUCUCACCCUUCGCUUUCUUCGAAGUCUUCGUCAUUUUCCUCUGCUCCGCUUUUCGAUCACCAAUCUCCCGAAUUUCUACAUUCCAUCCCAGGAAGUCUUCAUCUUGCAUCCGAUGCUUCCAUAGAACGCCUUAUUCAACGAUUUGGUGCGGUUAGCCUUAUUCGUCAGCUCGCCAAAGACGUCGCCGAACGUGACGCUUUUAUUUCUAAUGUCAAGUUCCAUUACGAGUCGCGAGAAUCAGUCUUUCGCGACCUGCUUCGUGAACAUGGCUUAGAUCCUGUCAUUGCUAAUACCAAGCUUGCAAAGCAACGCACUGACCUUUUUUCCGUCGUCCCUCCUUCGUUCUCUUCCUCAGUUUCCUCUACCGCAGUCCCUGCUUCCGCUCCUCCAAUUGCUACGUCCGCACCCCUUUUCUCUUCGCAAUUUGACGAAACUUUUCCACCGCUCUUAGUUGAUAAACCUUUUUUACAAACCAAAAUUUCUUCCGCCAUUAACGAGCCUUUACUUCCUUCUUCCCCCUCUUCCUCAUCCCCCGCUCUUUCUGAUACCCAUCCGACUGCUUCAUCUCCCUCUAACCCCCUUCAAAACUUCGCUGGUCACUUUUCCUCCAAGCAUUAUCAUUUUGAUAAGUCCUCAUCUCCCUCUCCUUCUCCAACCGCUCGUCCAUCACCCAAACCUUCUAAUUCCGACAUGGCCUCUCCUAUUGCUUCCCCCACUUUUCCAGCUUUAGACCUGGAACCAAAAAACGAUAAACCUCUCUAUUCAUUUUCUCACUCUACUGUCGAAGUUUCAGACUCCUUUUCCGAAUCACAUUCCGCGAUGCAACCUUUUUCUGGUGUCAAUUUUACUUUUCCUGAUUCGGUAGAGCUUGACAAUAUAAUCCCAAAGCAAGACCUCCCACCGACAUUGCGAAAUGAUUGGAAUCCUCAUACCAAGCUCAAGUCCAACCAAACCCUCGACCAGUUUGGCUUCGUAAAUAACUUUCCUGCUUCCUCAGACCGGUCUUCUGAAACUCUCAAACCUCUUCGAGUCUUUAAUUCGUUUACAACGUCCUCUUCUCCCAACUUUGGAUCUGGUUCAUCGCAGCUGGAUAAAUUACCAUUAUCUUACGACACUCUUGAUACUGUUCAGAUGAAGCGUUGGGACGAUUAUGUUCAAAAAUAUUCUAUCAAGUACGGGAAAUUUGAUGAGAGCAGCAACGAGUUAUUGGGAAAAUGCAGCCUUGGAAAAACGAAACGGAGCUCGAAAAAAAGGUUUGAAAAAUUCCGUAGACUUGUUAAAAAAGGCGUACCCGUGCCUUACCGUCCCAAGGUCUGGCUCGAAUGCUCUGGCGCUCAUCAUUUGCAUGUUCCUGGUUACUAUGACGAGCUGCUAGCAAAGUCUGAGAGGUCUGAUCCCUCUAAUCAGGUCCAGAUUGAUCAGGACAUAAAGCGGACACUUGUUAGGAAUAUUUUCUUUGGUGGAAAAGGCCCAGGUGUUCCCAAACUACGACGCGUUUUACUGGCGUAUAGCUUGCAUAAUCCAGCAGUUGGAUAUUGCCAAGGAAUGAAUGUUAUUGUUGCCUUUUUCUUAUUAAUAUAUGCGUCUGAAGAAGAAGUGUUUUACUUAAUCAUGAGCCUGAUUGAAAAUUAUCUACCACAGGAUUACUUUACUGCUGAUCUUUUAGGCUCAAGGGCCGACCAAAUUGUCCUAAAAGAAUAUGUCGACAUCCUGCUGCCUCAAGUAAGCUCUCACUUGAAAGAGCUAAAGGUGGAUUUGGAAGCUGUUACGUUUCAUUGGUUCCUUAGUAUGUUCACAGACACGGUGGGUACUAAACUCGGAUUUCGUAUCUUAGAUUUGUUUUUUUGUGACGGAUAUCCUUGUUUAUUUCGUGUGGCUUUAAGCAUAAUCUAUACUUUAAAAGACAAAAUAUUAGCGUGCAAUACCUCCUUCGCUGUGUACUCCUUGCUAUGCGAUUUAAGGAGUUAUCCUUUCGAUCUAGACGCCUUUUUGAACUGUGCGGCGGAAAAAUGGAAGCAUCAAAUCAAUGAAGAAGAUUUGCAAGAAAGACAUGCAAGGGCCAUGUCUUUACUUUGACAAAAAAAUAAUAAUAAAAAAAAAAAAAGAACAUGAUGUUUAAUGACGAUUUAUUGGUUGAUGAUUUCUUGAAGUGUUUACUUGUAUUUUUAUUUUUUUCUUUAUAUUUGUUCCUUGGAUGCUGAUGAAAUUCCGUAGGUAUAUAUAAGAUUGUUUGGUUUGGCAGAGUAUGAUAUUAAAUUCUACUAGCACCUGUUCGCUGUAGUUAUUUGCUAUUGACGUGUUUUCUAAUUCAAUUUUACAAUUUUUUGGUAAAUUAUUAAUAUAUACCUGUUUGUAUAUUUUUGAUGCAUGGAAUUGUCGAGCGGAUAACUUUUGAGCCUCGUUUUGUUGCGAGUAGUUGUCGGAAAACAUACAACGAGAGAAUGCUUUGAAUUGGAAUUGGAUAGCACACCAAUUGUUUAUACGAGAAUUAUACAUCUACUUAAUUUGUGAAGCUGUUUUGUUCAUCGGUGUCUAUCAAAUGUAGGAUUUCUAAAUGUUCGUUUCCUCUACUAUGUCCUUUUCCAUGAUGUUGAUAUAUGACAAAGAGCGAAGCACAUGAAAAUGGUUACCUCUCCGUUUUCCGUUUGUUUUUCUAGCAGUUCGGUUGAUCUUUAACUUUUGUUCGCAAAUCGGAAUCGCAAAAAAAUGGUUGUCGUCCAAAAUUUUUUCUUUUUCUAUGACAAUAUUGUAGCUAUCCUGUAUAACAGAGCGCUUGUCGUUGUAAUUUUCCUUCAACGAUGAAUAUAAAAAUAUCUAGUACGAAUACGUGGAGCCAUCUUCAUUCAUUCAUUAAGGAAGCUUAAAUUGAAUCAAUAUCACAAAAAACAACCAAGCCAAAUCCAAAAUGUACCUUUAGAAAAUCUUUUAAUAAAAAGGUUUGACGUUCCUAUUUAGACACUUCGUUCGUC